UACUCCCCCUUACUGGGAUUGCGGCGCGGGCACUGCUGUUCGCGGGGCUGGACGCCGGGGGGGGGGCUUAUAUAUUAGAGGCACCGUUCUUGUUCAUGGCUUUGCAACUCUCAUGCUGAUUGCGUGGUUAAUACUGCAUCAGAAGCAUCUGCAGCCGCCCAUUUGGAUGGGUGUCAUGGAAAACCAGUUACAGCAUUUUAAUUGAUGAAACCUGCUCCUUCAGAAGUGUGCACUGGAGUAAAAAGGAUACCAUUUGCGUCCAGAAUAUUUCUUUCUCCAGCACCAAUUUUCUGUCUCCUGUGACCAUGGCAAUAGCAUUGAGAAGAGCUGUGUGGUCCAGUACUAUGUGGAUGCAUGUAGCAACAUUCAGUAGGCAGGCCUCAGUACAGAAUGGAGCAAUGCAUUGUGCUCGCCAUAAAUCUACAUAUUCAGUCCUUCCAGAAGACUAUAACUGUAAAGUGGAACUUGCCAUGACAUCGGAUGGAAGGACAAUUGUCUGCUACCAUCCUUCAGUUGAAAUUCCAUAUGAGCACACACAGCCCAUACCUCGACCAGAUCCAGUGAAUAACAAAGAAGAAACACACGAUCAAGUGCUGAAAUCUAGAUUGGAAGUGAAGGAGCUAAAGAAUAGCAAAGGUCCUACAUUUGAGGAGCUCAGCAAAAUGUUUUAUACAACAAAACAUCGCUGGUACCCUGUGGGACAGUAUCACAGAAGACGCAAGAAACUCAAUACUCCUAAAGACAGAUGAUUACAAUAAUUUGUGUCUCUGCUCUGUGUCAUUAUCCAUACUGGAAAUAAACCACAAAAACAGGAGUUUUGCUGAUCAA